GAUUGCUGGUGUCAAUACAGGUAUUGAUGGUGUCGUCUUAGUUAAUAGUCAUCCGUGACACAAAAUGAGCUACUUAAAACGGCUUUUGCUCAUUUCGAAAAAGUCGAAUUUUAAUUAUUUUGUGCGCACUUCAAGUUGUGAUCACUCUAAACCGGUCGUAUGCAACCCUAAUUCGGAGGAAUCGGACCAGCAUCCAUACAGUUACCUUAAGGAGUUUGGAGCUUAUGUUAACGAAUGUCUUCCAAAGUUCGUUCAAAAAGUUCAAUUCAAUCAUUGCAAAGAAUUGGAAAUUAUGGUAGCUCCCGAGGGACUUCUGCCUACAAUGCAGUUUUUAAAAGAUCAUCAUAACAGCCAGAUGGAGUGUCUUAUGGAGGUUUGCGCAAUCGAUGUACCUGGUCGAGUAUUUAGAUUCGAAUUAAUCUAUAAUCUCCUUUCGUUACGAUACAAAUCCAGGAUUCGUGUCAAAACCUACACCGACGAAGUAACUCCUAUUGACUCGGUAACAGGUAUAUAUAAAUCAGCAGAUUGGCCAGAGAGGGAAGUUUGGGAUUUACAUGGUGUAUUUUUUGCCAACCAUCCGGAUCUUAGAAGAAUUCUUACCGAUUAUGGAUUUGAUGGCCAUCCCCUAAGAAAAGAUUUUCCACUAAGUGGUUAUUAUGAAUCCAG